AUUCCUUUUAUUUUAUUUUUUAAUGUUUUUCAUUUAAUUGAUGUUUAGUUUUCUUUCAAUUUAGAUGUGGAUUGAUUGAUACUAUCUUUCCAACAUUUUCUUCUUCUCAAUGCUAUAUUACUGUUCUUAAAUAUAGAAGAAGAAAAAAAAGAAGCGAAGUUCAUAAUUUUGGCUAGACUUCAAUGGGCUUUCUGGGUUUUAUUUGUAAUCUUGGUUAUGGGAAUUUACUGGGUACUGCAGCCAGGGUUCUGCGUAAUCAGUUUCUGAAAAUCAGGAUGGGACUUUGCUGUUCUAAGCCUCGGAAUGAUGGUGAUGACUCUGAUCAUCAUGUUGAGUUUGCUGGUGGAAAUGUGCACCUCAUCACGACAAAACAAAGUUGGGAUGAAAAGCUGUCAGAAGCAAGCAGGGAUGGCAAGAUUGUGGUUGCAAACUUCAGUGCAUCAUGGUGUGGUCCUUGUAGAGUGAUUGCGACGUUCUACUCCGAGCUGUCUGAGAAAUACCCUGUCCUAAUGUUCCUAACCGUUGAUGUUGAUGAGCUAACUGAAUUCAGUACAACAUGGGAUAUCAAAGCCACUCCAACAUUCUUUUUCCUUAGAGAUGGGCAGCAAGUUGAGAAACUAGUAGGAGCCAACAAACCGGAGCUACAGAAGAAGGUAAUUGCGAUUGUAAAUUCAGUGGCGACAUCUCAGAAAUAGUUGUUUGGUGGUUGGGGUUCUUGUCUUCACAAGUGGCCAAGGAAUAGUCUUAUUCUUCUUGUUGGCAUUUUUGUGGGAUAAGUCUGUUUUCUUUGCCUUUAGAUUGUAAAUUAGUACAGAAGUGUCUUGUGUUUUUGAGGAUUGCAGGGGCUAAAACCAGGGUAUUGUUGGGAAUCAAUUUUUCAGAAAAUGGUGAUCCUGAAGUAUUCAGAUUCUUAGUUAAUUCACUAGCUUCUUUUUCCA